GGAACAGGUUCAACUUUAUGAACUGGAUGUGAACCAAACGAAAACCAAUCCAUGUCAGCUUUCAACUGCGAUACCAAAGAAGCCCCGACCGAGCAUUUAAAAUAUCAUGUGUCAAUUUCACUAACCUUUGUCGUGCCAUUUCCAAAAUAUGUGUACCUCAUGGCCGAAAUUAACGACUUCAAAUCAAUCCCCAAUACAUCACUAUCAAACACUGCUUUGACAUUUGCAUCGCAUUUUUUCUAAGCAGUAUUAGCUUAACGGGCGAGAACGCCAUUCACCGAACUCCGAUCAAACAGGGUGUCGCUAUUAACAAACACUGGUGCGGAGUACAGUCAUGACAGUCGUCACGGGUGACUCGGUCAAAAGACGCUCAUGCAGAAACACGUAGCUUCUGUGUUAUGAUAACAAGUAUACAUCCACCCGAAUGUUGUGAUCACGUGACGACCUUGUGACGUGGACCGAGGUCACAUCGUUGUCACCCCGUCAUUGAAGACAGCGACGACGACCAAGGAGCACGUUGACGGCGAAAUGAACAGUGUUUUCUGUAUUUAAGCCUCGCUUCCGUUUCUCGAAAUGACGUCACAUCCGGCGGACCACGACGAGGACUAUCACGAAUCCGUUUCUUUUCAAGCUCCUCGAGAAUGGGCCACAGCAUCCAGCAAAGCGCAUCCUUCUUCCGCUGGACCACUUCCAUGGCGAUAUACCCGCGCCCAUUCCACACUCUCCGGGAACACUGCAUGGAGCUUGAGGGAACCGCACCUGUUGAGACGAGACAACGACGUCGUGGUGACGUCGACACGCAUCACCAGCUGUCUUCACGACGUCAUCAUCGCUAUUGGCAUCGUCGCGGUUCUCUCCAUCAUCGCCCUGGCUUUCAUUGCAACGGUCGGCCUCAAUAACCAGGCGUCUGUCACGUGACAUGUGAAGACCAUUCUCGGUGUCGGAGGGCUCAUUACGCCUCAAUCAAGCUGCUCAACGUGUUCACUAUUUCGCAAAUCGAUGUCUACAUCUUCCGUGUUUCAAACUGCGUUAUGUAAUCGUUUUAUGUCGAGAUGUCGUAUUUUUCGAUUAAACUAUCUCGUACAA